UGAAGGAGCCGAGCCGGCACGGCAAGAAGAAGACAAUAGACAUUAGCGUAGACUAACUCUAACAAAAAAAAUUGGCCUAACUUCAUUCAUUUCAUUUCUGUCAGAAACAAAGCAUCAUUGGAUCUUGUCUUGUCUAAACCCACCACCAACACCAAACUUGUUUGUUACAAAACCCAACAGACCAAUAACAAACUUCGAUCUUCUUCUUCUUCACUUACUCGUGCACUCAUUCAAUUCUCGUGCGCGAGUGAUGAAUGAUGCAAUAGAAUCGACGAGGAUCGUGUGAAUUCUUUGUUAUUAUCAAAUCAAUUGAAUAUUGAUCUAAGAAUCGAAGAAUAAUGGGACUUGGUGGUGAUAUAUGGAAAGCACACUCAGCGAUGGCAGUUGUGCAAUUAUUCACAGGAGGUUAUCAUGUUAUCACCAAAUUGGCUCUUAAUGUUGGUGUUAAUCAAAUCGUUUUUUGUGUUUUUCGUGAUCUUCUUGCUCUCUCUAUUCUUGCUCCCAUCGCUUUUUUCCGUGAAAGACGUACAAGGCCACCCCUAACCAAGAGCUUAGUGACAUCAUUUUUCUUUCUCGGAUUAACUGGGAUAUUUGGAAAUCAUCUUUUGUUUCUUAUUGGUUUGAGCUAUACUAAUCCAACUUAUGCUGCUGCAAUUCAGCCAGCUACUCCCGUCUUUACAUUCUUGUUGGCUAUAAUGAUGGGUACAGAAAGAGUGAACUUGCUAAGAUAUGAAGGUCUGGCCAAGGUUGGAGGAAUUUUGGUAUGUGUUCUGGGUGCCUUGGUGAUGGUUUUGUACCGUGGUCCGGCACUGGUAGGAUAUUCAGAAAUGGACCUUAUAUCACACAGUGAAAUAACUGCAAGAGGUCAACCAGAGCCAUCUGGAUGGUUAGUUAGUGGUUUAAUGAAUCUUGGAUUAGACCAUUUUCAUGUUGGGGUUCUGUGCUUAAUAGGAAACUGCAUGUGCAUGGCUACUUUUCUAUCCAUUCAGGCUCCAAUAUUAAAGAAGUAUCCUGCAAACCUAUCUGUCACAGCAUAUUCAUACUUCUUUGGAGCUUUACUGAUGGUAACUACAUCAUACUUCGUGACCGAUGAAUCAACUGAUUGGAGUUUGACACAGUCUGAAACAUUUGCUGUUUUAUAUGCUGGAAUUAUUGCAUCUGCCCUUAACUAUGGAAUCAUCACAUGGAGCAACAAGAUCUUGGGCCCAGCCAUGGUUGCCCUUUAUAAUCCACUUCAACCUGGGGCUGCUGCUCUUCUGUCUAGAAUUUUUAUUGGAAGUCCGAUUUACAUGGGAAGUGUCUUGGGUGGAUCUCUAAUCAUCACUGGUCUGUACGCGGUUACAUGGGCAUCAUAUAGGGAAAGACAGGCAGCUGCCGGAGUUAUUCCUCAUCAUAGCUCUAAAAGGGUCGCUGAAUCACUUCACAAAACUUCAUUUCCUAGAGUUAACAUUUUCUCAGGCUUAUCUACAAAGCCUUCGGAUUGAUGAAAUGAAUUGUGAAAGGCUGUGUAAAAAGUUGUGUCAUAAUUUUUUCUCUCAUUGAUAUCCUAUAUACACAUAUAGCUGGUUAGACGAACUAAAAUUAAGAGAAUUGAAACUCUAAUUUUGUAGGAUAUAUUACAAAUUCGACAAGGUUAUCUGUUACCUGUGAAAAAUACUUCAAAAGAAUUUUGUUUUGAAA